AGGGCCUAAUUCUAUAGUGUGAAGAUAGAAAAAUCAUUAUUUUAGUCAAAAUGCAGAAUUGUCGUGAACUGUUGAAACCUACAGUUUUAUUUCUUCGCCAGAAUCCUGUCAGAUUCAAAAAGUUUGGUCGAGCUAUAAUCCCUCACAAGAAACCAAGAUGGAUUCCUAUGGCAAGAUCUAAAAUGUUUAAAGAACCUCCUGUAUUUCUUAUUCCACAGACGGAGAUCAAGCAGGAAGAGUUUCUUAAUCUUGAAUAUAAUAGAAGAAUGAACGCAUUAAUUAAGUAUCUUGAUGAGGAUUAUCAGAAAUUUUCUGAUACUGGAGAAGCGGGUAGGAUUGAAGCUGAACUAGAGAUGAAGGAGCAUGUCAAACUACUCCAGGAGAACGACGAAGAAAACCGAAGAAUUGCUGAGCUGAGAAGGCUACGCCUUGAACAGGAACAAAUUGAAAUUAAACAACAGAUUGAACAAGAGCUAUCACAGGCUGAACAUGAGGAGAUGUUGAGAUUAGAAAAGGCGGAGGAAAUCGUGACUAAAGAGGCGGACCUCAUUAAUCGGCGAAUCAUGCCGGAGCGAUUAGAAGAAGCAAUCUUAGAGGCCCUUGAUAGUCCUGUGGAUCACGAGUUUGCCAUAGAUAUUCACGGACAUAUUUAUAGAGGACGAGAGACUUAUUCAUUAAAGGUUCCUUUGGAGAAGAGAGAGAAGUUGACUCUACGCGGGGAGCAGAAGAAGAACGAGUCGGAAGAAAUGAGAGCUUCGAUGGAAAACUAAGAAAGUUUAACUUUUAUUAAAAUUUCAGA